CGUUUUUCUUUUUGGUCUCAAGAGAGAAUAUACCUUUGAGUUGGUGGUGUUUCUCUGAUACUCCGUCGCUGACUUCGGGUACUCGCUGAGAGCAACCAGCUCGACUUCGCGAUCCACGAAGACGGCGAACAUGAUGGCCAACACCGCCAGGCUCCGCCCCCUGGCAUGGUGGGGGAGGAAGUGGACCAAGAGGGACUGGGCUGUCGCGGCCGUCGCCGUCACCGCCUUCCUCUUCCUCCUCUCUUCUCUCUCCGACGACCCUCGCCGCGACCGCGGCGCCGGAGCUCGGCUGCCGGCCGACGAUCCCGCGAGCGCUGCCGAUUUGGUCGACCUGACUUUGCUUCGCGAUGCCGAAGCCAAAGGCGCACUGUGUUUGGAUGGGAGUGCACCUGGAUACCAUUUCUCCAAGGGUUUCGGAUCCGGCUCCGACAGUUGGCUUAUCCACAUUGAGGGUGGGGGUUGGUGCGAUAGCUUCUCAUCAUGCUCAUCACGGGCAAAGACUAAACUAGGUUCUUCAGCGUAUAUGGAGCACCAAGUUUCCUUUGCUGGAAUUUUAAGCAGUGAACCUUCACAGAAUCCAGAAUUUUUUAACUGGAACAAAGUCAAGAUAAGGUAUUGUGAUGGUGCAUCCUUUUCUGGUCAUCCUCAAAGCGAACCAAAGGACAAGAAAGGAAGAAUCUUCUUUAGAGGUCAGCUCAUUUGGAAAGCACUCAUGGAUGAAUUGUUAUCAGCAGGCUUGUCAACGGCGCACCAGGCUUUCCUUACAGGAUGCUCUGCUGGAGGAUUAGCAACUCUUAUUCAUUGUGAUGACUUCCGAGAAAUUCUUCCAAAGGAUGCAACUGUCAAGUGCCUUGCUGAUGCAGGUUUUUUCCUCAAUGAGAAAGAUAUCAGUGGGAAUGACACUAUGAGGUCUUUCUAUCACAAUGUUGUCCAACUUCAGGGUGUACAAGAAAGUUUAAACAAGGGCUGUGUUACUAGCAAGGAACCAUCUGAUUGUUUCUUUCCUGAGGAGAUAAUUAAAAACAUAAGGACCCCAGUUUUUCUUGUCAACCCUGCUUACGACUUUUGGCAGAUUCAAAAUGUCCUGGUACCAGAUGGCUCAGAUCCAAGUGAAAGCUGGAAAAAAUGCAGACUAAAUAUUCGAGCUUGCACUCCUAGCCAGCUUAAAACACUACAAGGUUUCCGUGAUUCAAUGCUGAGGGCACUUAGUGAGUUCCAGAAAAGCAAGGAAGGGGGGAUGUUUAUCAAUUCUUGCUUUAUUCAUUGCCAAACAUGGAUCGGCGAGGCUUGGCACUCAUCUAAUUCCCCAAGGAUUGGCGAUAAGACAAUUGCAGAGUCAGUGGGAGACUGGUACUUCAACAGAAGAGCAGUGAAGCAAAUUGACUGUCCUUAUCCCUGCAAUCCCUCUUGCUACAACAUGGAUUUUUCUUGAAAUUUUAAGCCUUUCAUCAUGUUCGAUAUGCAUUAAUCUCUGACUCCCUUGCUAGGGUUUGCGAGGACAGCGCUCCACGAUCCCUAUAUGGAAAUGAAGAGCCUCAAUGGUUAGUCUUGUAAACCAUGUCCAAAUUGCUCACACUUGCAGGGCUAAAAGCUUGUUAGGAUUGUCCAGUGGAUUCAAGUGGCCUUAUUCAGCCCCGACUUUGUUGUUUAGAACACCGUCGCUUUCUUUAUCUUUUGCUACAUUCAGGCGGCCUUAUUCACUCCUAUGCAGCUUGGGCUUUGCCAUUUCUGUUGUACUCAGGACUGCGAACAUGAAAUACACUAUUUACUGGCACACAUGCCACAGAUUGUUUUUUCUUUUUCUAGAA